AUGGAGUCACCAGGCGGUCCUGGGCAGCGCGAAGUCGCUGAUGGGUCUAUUGGGUCUCCAGGCAUGGAACAGGAGGACCGUUGUUCUGAGAGCAGUGGCGAGUCCGAUUCGUCUUCGAUGGACACAAGCUCUACGUCGACAGAUAGGCCUGCUCCUCUCGCUCCUCUCGUACUCGGUCGGGCCGAGAACUCUACUGGAGCUGAAAGUGCACCAGACAAUUUCAGAGCAAUCGCGAGCAGGUUGCGAGAUUUAGUUGUUUUUGAGCCAGAACCGUCAGUGCUUCGUGAACCGGACAAAUGUAGGACUAUAGCAAGCAGGUUGCAGAACUUGGCUGUUGAAGAGCCCGAGCCGUCAGUGCUUCGCGAGCCGUCAGUGCUUCGCGAGCACGUGGCCCCACAGGUGGACGAGGAAAUGCUCUUGCCAACGAAGCAAGAGAAGCAAAAAAAGCAAGAUGAGCAAGAUGAGCAAGGCCUGGCGCAAGGCCUGGCGCAAGGCCUGGAGAGUCAACCAGAACCCUCCAUCAUUGGCAAUCGUGGCAGUCGUGUAGACCUGCACGACUCCAGUCCACGCGGAAUGGAUCGAACAAUAGCGCCGAAGAGCCUACAACAUAUCACCGUUGAGAUGAAGCCCGUUUGGUUCUCCGGUGAGACAGACGCUGCGGAUUUGAGUUCCAGGAACAGUCCCUUGUCCAGUGAGCCCACCAGCAGCAAGUCGCCCACCGUUACGAGGGAUUUGCAAUCUCUAUGGCGGCUUUGGUGUGUACUUGUUUUGCUAAGCUUCCUAGAGUUGUGCCUGGUAGCUGGCGGAGUAUUUGCUGACCGAUUUACAAACCCUUGCCGUGAAGCAGUAGAUCCAUGUUCUCUCCAUGAUACGGAUUGUCUUGGCUGGUCAUGCAGGGACUGCGCACCUUUAUGGGCCUCUGCUUGGCCUGCAGCAAGUCUGCUGUUUCUCGCAAUGCCAAUGCGAUGUUUACUCUUCGGAUCACAUUCAACUGGUUCAUGUUCUGCAGGAAUUCCUGUUUUUUUCCUGGUGUCACUUGGCGUGCUCGGCGCGGGUGCAGCGGUAUUGGCAGAAUCGAUCGCCUCCGGCCUACACUACGCCGCUCGCUGCCCAAUGCAGCGGGAGAACAGCCGCUGUACAGCUGAGUUGUGUCCCUCACCCCCGUGUCGCCGCGAGAGCGACUUUUCUCCUUGUGUGUGUGGAUUGAUUGGCGAGGCCGAGCUGGCACGAGCCCUCUUUCUGCAUAAUACUCCAGCUUGCCAGCCUUAUGAAUGGUACACAUGGCAGAUGGGCUUGCUUGAGGACAUCGUUCUGCAAUACGAAGCGUUCGCUUGUUUCGCAGGGCCACUGACAUGCACGGCAGCAGCUGUUGGGGGAGCUCUUCUACUGGUCCAGCUUGCCUGCUGCCCUCUCGUGCUGAUAGGUCAAUGGGGGGGCAAUGAGGCAGUUCUGCUGCUGCUGGGUCGAUUGGACAACCUCGAGACACAGUUCACUCGAGUGGCAAACCCGGAGCUUAAGGAGCAUCCUCCAGCGCUUGAGUCGCACUCUGGCUAUGUGAAGGCACGCAGUGAAGUCUGUGCUUGCAACAAGCAUGACAUUUCUGGAACGGAGUGGCUGGUCGGCUGGUCUGCAGAUGGGUUACGGUUCAACAGCAUUCCCUUUCAGCCUGAAGGUGUUGACUGCUCGCAUGUCAGGCAUUGCCACUGCACAUGCAAGCAAGUGUGUGCGUCCCAGGUGCGUGUCAUAUAG